AUGGGGACAGUGAAGCCACAUGGUCACCCCACUCCCGAGAGCCCCAUGGACUACAUUUGCCCACGGUGUGAAUCUGGUUUUAUUGAAGAACUUCCUGAAGAGCCAAGGAACACCGAGAAUGAAACUAGUUCCUCUGCAUCAACCAGUGAUCAGAAUAGGCAUCCUUUUGAGAACGUGGAUCAGCACUUGUUCACUUUGCCUCAGGGCUAUGGCCAGUUUGCCUUUGGGAUUUUCGAUGAUGGCUUUGAGAUUCCAUUUGGGUCCAAUGUGCAGUCAGAAGAUAACAGAGACUCUGAGAACAGGAGGGAAAGAGAGCAUCAGUCCCGGCACCGGUACGGUGCGAGGCAGCCCCGGGCUCGUCUCGCCACACGGCGUGCUGCUGGCAGGCACGAGGGUGUUCCCACACUGGAGGGAAUCAUUCAGCAGCUGGUCAAUGGUAUUAUUGCACCUACAACAAUACCAAACUUAGGACUCGGUCCUUGGGGAGUCUUGCAUUCGAAUCCAAUGGACUAUGCCUGGGGUGCUAACGGCCUGGAUGCAAUUAUUACACAGUUACUAAAUCAGUUUGAAAACACUGGACCACCGCCAGCAGACAAAGAAAAGAUCCAGGCCCUCCCCACGGUACAGAUCACACAGGAACACGUAGAUUCUGGCUUAGAGUGCCCUGUGUGUAAAGAAGACUAUACAGUUGGGGAAAAUGUCCGACAGCUACCUUGCAAUCACCUAUUCCAUAACAGCUGUAUAGUCCCUUGGCUGGAGCAGCAUGACACAUGUCCUGUGUGCCGGAAGAGCCUAAGUGGACAAAACACUGCUACAAACCCCCCUGGACUCACAGGGAUGAACUUCUCAUCAUCAUCCUCCUCCUCUUCUUCCAGCUCACCAAGUAACGAAAACUCAUCGAACAACUCAUGAAUCUUAAUCCAACCCUCUGUCCCUGGGGCCCUGUCCAUUCUCUUUCUUCCCUCCCCAGCCAACAUAAGCAGCAAAAGGGGCUUCCAGAGCAGAGCAAGGGGAGGGUAGCAAGGGGGAAGCAGCACCCCCAGAAUUCCCUUUUGAGUUCUGAAGACGCGGAGACUCUGGAUCCUUCAGAGAUGAGAAGCCUCAAGUUCUGUCAUGGGGAAAGAGCUCUGUCUGUUAAUAAAAUUCAUCCCUUUGCCACGUGGACUUUUAACAAUUGCAGUGAAGGGCUGCAGUGCUCCACAGAUGGGAAACCUAAGGCACUGAGCUAGUGGUUGCAAUUCUGAAUGGAAAGGUUGUUCAUAAGGUUUUGAAUUUGAGAGAUUUUUUUUUAAUUGCUUUUCCUCCUCCUCCUCCUCCCCUUAGAUACUAUCUCUUCUGCUUUGGAGAUUGAAAUCUUAAAAAUGAAAGCAUAAUGAUACUGCCUCCCUCCCAGGAUCUUCAUCUGGGGAGGGCAAAUAGUUGUCACUGAGCAAAUGAACUCUUGAAACAGACCCCAUUAUCCUUCCCUUCCCCCCCUCCCCCAUCUCGAGUCCCAUUUAUUUUUCUUUACAACCUUACCCUUCUGAUACUCAACACUGAAAGGGGGUUUUUAUAAUUUUAAAUUAUUACUGCUGUUUAAAUAAAUGGACGUUUCAGCUCAA